AUGCCUAAGGCCUUUCUAUGUGUGAUUUAUGUGGAAGUGGUAGUGGAAGUAUUUGGAGGUGUCUUCAGAGAGUUUCUGCACUUUUCUGCAAUGCACCGCGUGGGUAGUGCAAGCAACGGAAACAAUUCAACUCGUCCUCGCAAGGAGAAGAGAUUAACCUACGUAUUGAAUGAUUCUGAUGACACUAAGCAUUGUGCAGGCAUAAAUUGUUUAUCUCUGCUUACGUCUGCAUCAUCUGACGGGUCUGAUUAUCUCUUCACUGGGAGCCGUGAUGGCAGGUUAAAGCGAUGGUUACUAGGUGUAGAUGCAGGCAUAUGCUCGGCUACUUUUGAAUCUCAUGUUGACUGGGUUAAUGAUGUUGUUCUUGUUGCUGACAGUACACUUGUUUCUUGUUCUUCAGAUACUACCCUUAAGACAUGGAAUGCCUUUUCCCUUGGAACUUGUACUAGGACACUUCGACAACACACUGACUAUGUUACUUGCCUCGCAGCAGCAGGAAAAAAUAGCAAUAUUGUUGCCUCUGGUGGCCUUGGUGGGGAGGUUUUCAUAUGGGAUAUAGAGGCUGCUAUCAAUCCAGUCUCUAAGUGCAAUGAUGCUACAGUUGAUGAAUCUUCAAACGGUAUCAAUGGUUCUGGCAACCUACUACCAUUGACAAGCUUGCGUACUAUUAGCUCAAGCAACAAUAUGUCCACGACCACAACUCAAACUCAGGGAUACAUUCCAAUUGCUGCCAAAGGCCAUAAAGAUUCUGUUUAUGCAUUGGCUACAAAUGAAAGUGGAACAAUUCUUGUAUCUGGUGGCACAGAAAAGGUUGUGCGUGUCUGGGACGCAAGAACAGGAUCAAAGACUCUAAAGCUAAGAGGACAUACAGAUAACAUCAGGGCUCUGCUUGUGGAUUCUAGUGGCAGAUAUUGUUUAUCCGGAUCUUCAGACUCUAUGAUAAGGCUUUGGGAUAUAGGUCAGCAGAGAUGUGUGCAUUCUUAUGCAGUUCAUACAGAUUCUGUUUGGGCACUUGCCAGCACCCCAACGUUUAGUCAUGUUUAUAGUGGGGGGAGAGACUUUUCAUUAUAUUUGACAGAUUUGCAAACUAGAGAGAGUAGUUUGCUUUGCACAGGCGAGCACCCUAUUCUUCAAUUGGCUUUGCAUGAUGAUAGCAUAUGGGUUGCAUCAACAGACUCUUCAGUUCAUAGAUGGCCCGCUGAAGGAUGCAACCCUGAAAAAAUUUUCCAGCGAGGCAAUUCUUUUUUAGCGGGAAACUUGUCUUUUUCAAGAGCAAGAGUGUCACCGGAAGGAUCCACCCCUGUUCCUGUGUACAAAGAACCUGCCUUAACUAUCUUAGGUACACCUGCAAUAGUACAACAUGAAAUUUUGAAUAAUAAGAGGCAUGUGCUGACAAAGGAUGCAUCUGGGUCAGUGAAGCUUUGGGAGAUUACCAAAGGCAUUGUGAUUGAAGAUUACGGAAAGGUUUCAUUUGAGGAGAAAAAGGAAGAGUUAUUUGAGAUGGUUAGCAUUCCCGCAUGGUUCACAGUGGAUACCAGGCUUGGAAGCUUGUCGGUUCAUUUGGACACACCCCAGUGUUUUUCUGCAGAAAUGUAUUCAGCGGAUCUUAACAUUAUAGGCAAGCCUGAAGAUGAUAAGGUUAAUUUGGCUCGAGAAACCCUUAAAGGUCUACUGGCUCAUUGGUUGAGGAAACGAAAGCAAAGAACAGGAUCUGCAGCUCCAGCUAAUGGGGAGUUAUUACCUGGAAAGGAUACUGCUUCUAGAAGUCUUGCCCAUUCAAGAAUUGAGGUUGAUGGUAGUUCUGAGAAUGACAGUAUGGUUUAUCCUCCGUUUGAAUUCUCAGUUACUUCCCCUCCUUCCAUUAUUACUGAGGGCACUCAUGGAGGUCAGUGGAGGAAAAAAAUUACUGAUUUAGAUGGAACCAAGGAUGAGAAAGACUUCCCCUGGUGGUGCCUUGACUGCGUUUUGAAUAAUCGGUUACCUCCCAGAGAAAACACCAAAUGCAGUUUCUAUUUGCAACCAUGUGAAGGCUCUUCAGUUCAGAUUGUCACACAAGGGAAGCUAAGUGCCCCACGUAUAUUAAGAAUUCACAAAGUUGUUAAUUAUGUAGUUGAGAAGAUGGUGCUUGACAAACCUUUGGAUAGCCUAAGUGGUGAUGGUAGUUUCGGCCCUGGGUUUAGUGGUUCACAGUCACAGCAUCAAACAGUUGGAGAUGGAUCCUUUCGAUCUGGAUUUAAGCCAUGGCAAAAGCUUAGACCUUCUAUUGAAAUAUUGUGCAACAACCAGGCAAGUAAUAUGUUGUUUACUAGUCUUAGAUGCAGUCUUAUGACAGUGCAUGAGUAUAGCAUGGAUGAGUUGACGGAUAUUAGGGGCAGUACUUUGAUUAUUGUUCUAUCUCCUGAAAUGAGCUUAGCCACAGUGCGAACUUAUAUAUGGAAGAAAUCAGAUGACUUGGUUCUAAAUUACAGACUAGUUCAAAGCAGGUUUGCUUGUGAUUAUCUCGCGUGUAUACUUCUGCUGGACGUGGCGGUGUCUUCUGCAUCUGGCUUGAAGGCUUUUAAUUGA